GGAUGUGACAUCACGGGGGGGGGAAGGCAGAAAAAGAACAGCCCGAGUUUCUUUCAUAAAAACCUCGGCCGGGGGAUCCUAUGUGGGAUUCUCGACCCCUGCUUUUCCUCGGUCAAUACCCCGGAGGAAAGGGAUCCGCUCUUUUCGCCGUUUCAGGGGCUGCCGAGGGAGCAGGUUUAAUUCGGAUCUGCUCCGGACCCAAGGCGGCUGCCUAUCCUGAUGCAGGAACUGACAAAAAAAAGAGAGAGUUGGAGUAAAACAAACCAGAAAGGAGGGGUGGCAAGCCCUGGUUUGUUUGGUUGUCUGCAAUGCAAUUUUCAUCUUAACUAAUUCAUGGUUAUCAAAAAAAGCUGUCCUUGAAUUUUCUGCUUGGGAUUUUCACCAUUGGCAAACACCAUUGCCAUAGCCAUCCUGGCUCAUCUGUGGCCAGAAUGGCUUUAUGCCUUAAGCAAGUUUUUAACAAAGACAAAACAUUUCGUCCUCGGAAGAAAUUUGAGCCAGGCACCCAGCGAUUUGAGCUGUAUAAGAAAGCCCAGGCUUCUCUCAAAUCAGGACUAGACCUGAAGGCUGUGGUCCAGCUACCUCCAGGAGAGAACAUCAAUGACUGGAUUGCAGUGCAUCUUGUGGACUUCUUCAACAGGAUAAACCUGAUCUAUGGGACCAUGUCAGAGUUCUGUACUGAAAAGACCUGCCCUAUCAUGUCAGGUGGGCCCAAGUAUGAGUACCGAUGGCAAGACGAUCACCGAUUCAAGAGGCCUACUAAGCUGUCGGCACCCCAGUACAUGUGCAUGCUGAUGGACUGGAUUGAGAAACUAAUUAAUAAUGAGGACAUCUUUCCUACCAGGAUAGGUGUUCCUUUCCCCAAGAAUUUCCAGCAAGUCUGUACAAAGAUCCUCACUCGCCUCUUCAGGGUCUUUGUCCACGUCUACAUCCACCAUUUUGACAGCAUCAUCAGCAUGGGUGCAGAAGCUCACGUCAACACCUGCUACAAGCACUUUUACUACUUCAUCAGUGAGUUCAGUUUGGUCGACCAAAGAGAGCUGGAACCUCUGAAGGAAAUGACAGAAAGGAUUUGCCAUUAGAGUCUCUUGCUUAUCACUGCAGCAUGAUCAUGGUUCUGGACGAAUGGUUCUUUGAUGGACAAGAUGAUGAUCCAGCGACUUGUGGCUAGGAAUGCAAGGGGCUUCCUGCGCUUGUGACUACAUCCUCAGUGCUUUUGGAAAUAGUUCAUAUGAACUCCAACAGCUUUGUUCAUCUGUCUGUCACCUUCACCUUGGCUUUCCCCCCCGUCUCUUGACUUUUGUUUUAACUUCAUUCUUCUGAGACCCACAUUGUUUCACAAGCUAAAGGAGGAAAUAACAUACAGAGCACGUUACCAUAGUCUCUCAAGACUGAAGGAUGCCUACUACUGUUACAGAAGAUAAAUGAUGUAGGCAUUCCAAACAGAAGAAUAUCACCAUCCACUUUUCCUCAACCUGUAAGGCAUCUAGUCAUUAGUCUCCUACCUAUUAAGCCAGCAGUUUAGUAUGUCCAAAACAGAAUAUGAACCUUCCACUAAUGUGUCAGCAGAACAAAUAGCUUCAGUUUACCUAAAACAAUGAGCCAGAUCAAAUGCUAACCUAGGGGAGACAGAAACACUGGUGCCAAUGUGGUAAUCAGCAUUGCAAAACAAUCAACGCCUCCUUAACCUUUAAAACCACAAAGCAAGUUAAGUUUCUUCCUUCAAUGAAUUCUGAAAUAGUUUAGCUCUCUUUAAAUUCUAUUAUGGUAAGUGUGAGCUAUCUUAGCAAGUCAGAUCAAUAGCCCAUCUAUCCCUGCACAAUCCAUCACAGUAGUAGAACCAAUGCCCCCUCAAGGUGUCAUCUAGAAAGAUUUUUUUUUCCAGUCCAGCUCAGAUACUGAGCCUUGUGGCGCAGUGGUUAAAACGCUGUACUGCAGC